AUGAAUUGUGAACCUGAAAAUCAGCAAUGUCAUCCUCUGGGUGGUCCCAAGGAUUUCAGAGGACAUAAUUCCAGUCUCAAGCGGAAUAACAGCAUCCCCUCCAAAUUGAAUGAAAGUCUCCCCAUGAGUAAAAUUGAUCGUAACGUCUCCCAAGUUAACGUUCAACACCACCGUCGUUCGCAAGACGAUGCAAACCCGUUCUCAGCUGAGGAGGCUCGAGAUGGUCAGCAUGACUUUCAGCGAAAUGAGACAAGUAUUAUGUUGAAUGAUACAAGGUUGAGGAGAAUUUUGGGGCGGUCUUUCAACCCUUCUAUGAUUGAUGAGAUAAUUGGGCAAGGGCGUCGUUCUAACGUGACAUAUGAUAAAAAAGAUGUCAAGAAUCAGAAGGCAUGCGACAGACGAUAUUCCCACUGCAUUAGAUCCAACUUGGCGAAUUUGAUGUUGUUCAAAGACCUGGAUGGGGAAUGCUGCAGGAUGACUCAGGAACCUCUUCAGUUCGUCAAAAGUUUACAAAAUAUCAGUCGAAAGUUUACUGAUUGUCCUCCUGGAAAGAAGUUUUCUCCUCUGAGUUUUGUUUUCAAGGAUAAUGGUGGAUGCAUUCCGAUGAAUCGCUCAGAUGACAAUGUUCCCGAAGAACACCGGUGGACUUCGUCAAAAAACAGAUCUGAAAAAGAACAUAGUUUUUGUGAAAUCGUCAAGAAAAACGUUAAUGACAAAAAACCGCUUUCUUCUCGUCGUCUUGUGCGUUGGUUGGUGGAGAAAUACAACGUUUCCCGUUCGGUGAAACACUGUCCAAUAGGAAAGACGUUUUGUCCUUCGUCCUUCGACUGUAGAACAGAAGAACGCGGGUGUCACGCUGAGAAGCUGAAAAAGUGGGCGUCAAAGAACCUUUGCAAUUCCUCAGAACAUCUCUGUCUCGGCUGUGGAGCUGGAUGCCGCUUGAAGAAAAACGAAUGUUCAAAAGAAGCAAACAUGAGCAGAGCAUUGCGCCAAGCAGCGCUCUCAAUUGAUCCAGGUGCGAUGAGUUGUGUUGUCAACAUUAAAAGUUUUGAUCAAAAGAAAUCUCUACCGAUGGAUCAUGACAAAGAAACCAAAAGCUAAAACAUUCGUACACCGCUUGAAUUCCAAGAUCAACCCUUAUCCCAAAUUCCAUUUCUUUGAUAAAAAUCUGCAUUAAGAAUCCCAUUUAAUGAGUGUCGAAUCAUCUUGGAACAAUUGUUGAUUUUGUUGAUUGUUUUGGACCGCAGCUCUUGACGAAGAGCUAAUCGCGAUCAGUCAUUUUGAUGAUUGUUAAUGAAUUGAAUUUUGUUAGAGGCUCAUAUGAGGCUUCCUGCAAUUUUCUUGUUUCUUAUAAGCGCACUCAAAUAUUCUUCCAUGACUUGAGCGAAGCUCAGCUUCGAAAAUGAAAACAAAAUUUUUCUUUCCUUUCUUUUCAGGAAAUAUUCAAAACAAGACAAUGCGUUUACUAUCUAAAUCAGGUAAUGUGUGAGAUCCGUUUACCCACUGCCUUUUUUCACGAAGUUAGUUUGUCCUAAUGGAACUGAAGUUGUAGGGAAGAUUUGGUGACUUAUCUAGAUCAUAACCUCACUGAGAGUCGAUUUAAUGAGCUUGUCUAUGAAACUGGUUAUUAGUUUCUCGAGAAACUAUUAUUUUGCUUCUGCUGUCGCGUGAAAUUCCCACCGUUUGUUGAUAAAUAUAUGGUGAUAAAGACAGCUUUAGCUCUUUACGGAGCCGAUCGAGUGAUUAAGGAUUAUUGGUGUGUUUACAUAGUGGAGAAUGCAGUUAUGCCAUUGGUAAUCAUGUCAAAAUUGAUGCGGGAAUAAAUAAAUUGAUUAAAUGGGGAGCAAGGUGUUAGUUUCAAAGAUAAAUUUUGACGCAGAGAAAGUCCACAGAAAACCAUGUUUUUAAGUGAGUCACAAGGAAGGUUAAAAUGUCUGGCGAUGGGUUUGGUAGCAGCCUCGUAAUUUUUUUCCAUCAAAAUUCGUCACGGCGGUUUAUCAACCUUUUUAAUUCAUAUUUGGUAAUCACGAUUUAGUUCAGGAUAACACGUUAACCUUCUGUUAAAAAUUUUAUGACUAUCAGGAUGGGCUUCAUUCUGCUUUGUUAGAAAGGCCUUGUUGACUUGCAUUUUGGAGCAGCUCAAAGAUUGCAUGUCACGUGAAGUUCACUGUCGUGAAGCUGGGUACGAAUCACACAUGAGUUGCCUCUCUGGUAAAACUUUCUGCCAAAAGAUCGUUGACGUCGCUUGUCCUUUCUCCGCUGAGAAUUGCCAUCUGUGCAACCUCCUCAGGAAAAAUGCAAGUAGGUUUGCGAGGGUUAUUAAGAACCGGUCUACAAAGACGCCAUUUGGAGGCAAUUGUUCUGAAGAAGAGGUUUAUUGUCCUACUUCGUUGGGCUGCGUACCCAAAGGUAGUUUAUCCAACUGCACUGCAAACAGGCAGUUUUUUCAACUGGGAAUGGAGAAAGAGCCGUGGGACAAAAACAAAACACGCAGAGACGAUGCAGGAUUUUGUAUGCUGACUAUGAGGUAUGAAAAUUAUGUUAAGCUACGCCGAGACAUAACGGUUUUCGUGAAAACUCAUCCAUCAAAAGAACAUGGGCACAAUCAGCGUUUUGAAAUUUUAAUCCAUUAUAAUAAUUCAUAUGCACGAUUCACAAUUUGAGGGUAUAACAAUUAACUUGUCAUUGUCUUGUAAAACGGAGAAACUGUUACAAAAUUAAAAUGGUAUAAAAACAUUUUGAGGUUUUUUGUUUACUAAUAAGCUGGAUUGAGCUAUAACAUGAGGUGGUUAAUUAAAACCAGUUUUAAUGGUAUAACUGAAUGUGAGAAAAACUGAACAAAAAGAUUUCUUUUAAUCUUCUAUUUUCAAUUAACUUCUAAAAAUCUUUUAGCCUUGCUAGAAAUGGUUCGUGUUCUUUUGGCACAUGGCUUCAGUGGCAAACACGAAAAAACAAAAGCUGCUCACCUUUUGGUCCUAAACUUAGAUGUUGUCCAAAAGAUGAGGUUUUUUCUGUCUCGGCCAUGAAAUGCGUUGAUCCAAAUGGCAAAGACCAGAUGAAUGGUCAGCCUGACCAAAAAGCUUCGUGCAAGCCUGAUAAUCAAGAGUCUUGUCCACGCCAACACGAUUGCCUCCCUAAACAUUUCAACUGCACCAAGCCGAAUAUGUUUGAUUACUUCUCUGUCAGUGCGUUUGCUAACAGGAGCGGUAGGUGUACGCUUUCUUAUUUACGAUAUUUCAUUGCCCAUAAUUAUAAAUAUUUUCCAUAUCAAAAUACUUAUAGUCGUCUGCAUUACAGACAGUACUGACCUCAUCACUAACACUCUUAUGACUGUACCACCAUACAAAUUUGACGAAAAUUCGAAAACUUGAAAGCAAUUCUGUCUUCAUUCUGUAUGUAAGGGUAGGUACACCUCACUAUCAAACUUUUCAGCAGGAAUAGGGAACAGUCAGUCGGGCUGACAUGGUUAGACGCGAUCUAAGGUAAAGACUAAGAUGUAUCGCAAAGAGACCAGUUACUUCCUUUCGUAACUUUUCUCUGAAGAUUACUGAGCUCUAAACUAAAACUGAGAACAAAGAUCUCGUUUAUCAUCGUGUGAUGUAAAGCAAUUUUGCUGCUGGAUCAAAAAUAAUUUUUCAUGCUUGCCACCACUCUGACCUGCGUUGACACGCUAAAGAAACUCAUCUGCUAGAAUAAAGAUUAGCGCUGGUAUGAAAAGGAUUUUGAAGGGAAUCUUCUUUUGACAUUUGAUUAACUUUCAUUAGCGACCAUUGAAGUUUGUGCCGUCGUUUAUAAUAAUGUUAUAAAAAUACCAAACAUAGGGUAUUUGUUAUUUGUCGGUGGAUGUGCAGCUCUGGUAGCUCAGUUUUCUUUCCUUUGCCACACAGGCUGGGCAGCUUUUUGUCAAGUCCUCCGCCCCUUUACGGUAAGACUAGAGUAUGGUCUCAAGAAAUGCAAACAGUUUCUAUCAAAAUCAGACGAAACCUGUCGGGCUGACAUCAGUUGCACAGACGAACAACAGUUCUGCCGCCGCCUAGGACGGUAAGAGAAUCUAGUGUUACAGCUCUCUAGAGUUGUUAUCUGUCCCACUCUGGUGAAAAAUGAAUUUAAUGAUUGUAUCAAUUGAAUUCAAAUGGUUGAAGCAGAAUUAGGAAAGCAUGGAUUUCAUGACGGUCAAAUUUUACGCCAUUCCAUUCUCCCAAAGUUUUACCAUACUCCUCAUCUGUUUCAGUAUAAAGUUAGCAGUUUAAUUCCAGAAAACUUAACCGUUUCAUUUUUGCCAUUGGUCUCUCUUUGCCCCUCGCCAUUACUAAAGUAGGUGAGAGCUUUAUGGGUCCAAAAUCGUGUGGAGGAAAUUUUUAUCUAUUUUCUAGUGUCUAUUUACUACUUUACAUAGUCCGUUUGAGGACAACAGUCGUGCGUGAUGAUUCACCCAGCAGAAGAAUGACUCGCUUAAUGAAACAAUCACAUCUUUAGUUGUGAGAAUAACAUCUUAAAGAAAAUGGAGAAAAAAUAUGCUGACACUUUCUGUAUUAACAUUGUAAACAGGGUCAACAGUAAAUUUAUUAAUCCCUUCUUUUUUUUCGUUUCAUCAGAUGUGCUCCUAGAGGAAACUGUAGUGGCAUUCGACAGAGACAACCGGAGCACAAGAAACCCACACCCACUCAAUAUCCUCUCUGCAACUCGUCAGACCCAGAGGCGCGAAUGCUGUGGUCCAAAGAACCCCUCAAAAAUCUAUUUUCGGCCAGUGAAGUUCCAGAUCUUAUCGGGCUGUUCGCGGUUAGGAAUAAAUACAGUUCCAGCCUGGAGUUCAAAUCAGAAGCUGAUAAUGAAUGGAGGCCGUACAAAGGAUGUGCAGAUGAUCAAAUGCUAGUGGUGUCAACUGACAGCGCUUUAAGGUACAUUUUAAGUAACUAAUAUUACACAGGAGAAAAUUACGUGCCACUGAUUGCCUAAAAACGAGUGCAUUUUUCAUGCAACACGAGUGCAAAUUAUAAAAAGUGCGCGUGCGCUGAAAAAAUUUCGUUUGUCGUUACUUUCUGUAAGUUGUUGAUGAGUGAUAACAUGAUUUUUUGUUCAACUUGACGUAAAGAAGCACUUGUAAAUUUUGUUUUCUUAAAAAAAUUUAAACCCUGGCUUGUUAACACCAAAUUAUACCCAAAAUCAUCUUAUCACCCGUACAAAAAGGAAUAGCUGUAACAAUUAUUAUAGCAGUAACAACAAACCUCAGCAUCUUUUCACUCGUGGAUUGAUAAUUCUUUAAUUUACUAGCUAAUCUUAUUUUCUUAUCUUUUUUAUCAAAGGUUUCAACGUUGUGCACAUGGCUUCUUGUCCUUUGAAAUUGAAAUUGGACCGAGGAAUUCCGCACAUGGGCAAUGUGUAGACAUUUCGGCAUCGGUUCGACAGAGAGACGUAGUUGUCAUGGUUUUGAUGCCAAACUGCGCCGCUGGUCUGGACAUCAAUGUUAUUCGUCCAAAAAUUAUUUUGAGAGAGGAUCAUUCCUCGCAGAAAGAACAGGUGCCAGUAGUUGAUGAUAUGAUUCAUGAAUGCAGGCUAUCAAAUAGUAAUGACAGGCUCUUUAUAGUGUCCGUUAAGAGGAAGGUGUCCAUCAGAAACAGAUUAUAGAAGUUUUUUCAAUGAUAGAACGAGAGGUUAAAGUUUCGGUUUGGUACAGCGUUAACCAUAUUCAUCCAUAUUCAUAAUUGGCUACUUCAGCAAAUCAAAUUUUUUUUUAUUUGUACACAUUGUAUACUAUUUGCAUAUAAAGGGGAUUGUUUGAAGUGAGAAUUUGAUUGCAAACGUGGUGGAACUUCUAUAGAUGCACUUUGUUUGGUGUGUUGCAAACGCUUAAAGUCGCGGCUUGCGAUAUCAGGUAGUAUGAAAAUUAAACAUGUUAACAAGACAAGAUUUAAAAUCUGUUAAUUUUUCCCAUUAUCUAAAAAUUUGUCUGAAUAGCAGCAGAUAUGUCACGAAUUUAAGAAAAUAUACGACAAUUAAAAAAAAAAUGUUUCGACAGGGUCUUUCACAGGGUCUUUCACACUAAACAUGUUACCUAUUUCAAAAGAUGAAAAAACCAAGUUGAUAUCUUUGUUAUUACCAUAACGCUUAGCAAAGUGGCGAACCCUCUUUUUUUUUUGUCUCGCAAAAAAGGGUUCGCCAUCUAGAUAUUAAGUUGGUUUUUUCAUCUUCUAAAAGAGGUAUUAGGUUUGGUGUGAAAGACCCUAUCCCUCAUGGGCUCCGUUAAUUUAAAACUUUUCUUGUAAUUACAUGCAUUGUUUUAUUUCUAUUGUUUGUUUUGUCCAAUGAGUGUUCUGUUAUUCACUUUAAAUUCAACUUUGUACUUCGUAUAAAUCAGAACUAAAGAUGACAGAAGAAAUGUCGAAACUUUUUUUAAAAAAAUGUCAUAUAUUUUCUUCAAAUCUAAAAAUUUAAUGCAACCACUUGGUUAAAUGCAGCUUUUGGCUCCCAAUUGGGAGUCAAUCUGAUGUUAGCAGACGGCUAGUGAGGUGUUCACUGAAUACAAGUUUACAUCACAAGGACAUAUGGGACGACAAGCUUGUGACUUUGUUUAGACUCCACUUAACACAGUGUUUUCUAAUGAUAUCGGGUCUGCUGAAUAUGGGGUCCGUUUGGGCUUUAUUGUGAGAAAAGUAAAACCCCCUACCUGUAAUUUUCCUACGGAUACUUGUCACGCCAUGUCCCCAUGGAAAGAUUUUAAAAACCAUCCCAGAUUUUGCGUUUCUUUGCAGGUAUUAUAGGGAGUGUUACUAAACCAUGUUAAUUUUUAUUUCCCAGUUUUCCAAAUAUGUCAACGUUACAAGUCAUCCGACAAACUGCAGUGAAUUAAAACUAAAUAAAUCGCUGGCCUGUCGGGUUCCCAAAAAGUUUACUUCACUAUACAACCAAGCAGUGAAACAGCUGCAACAGAAGAUUACCGGGGUGGUCAUAACAAAAACGAAGCCCUUAAAUAAAGGUAAAUAAAAGAAAAAAAAUCCAUUGAAGACAACAAUCAUUUAUUUUUCUUUAUUGCAACACGAUAGUGACGCGAGGUGUAUUAACGUUUGUUUAUUUUGAUUCCUUAGAGUACAGAUACUUUUUGAUUAUCUAGAUACGAGCUUCAUAUUAUUUUUAUCCUCUCUACAGUGCGACUAAGAUGCUCCAUUAAAAGAUCCAGGAAGCUUCUUGAAGUUACUCCGAAUGGACCAAGUUCCAAGUCUGUAUUUUUCGCGCCGGAUUGGACCUGUGUAAUGGAGCCGUCUCCAAAUAUGUUUGGUAAUGUUAACCUUACAUUAGCUCCUGCCUGCAGAGUACCAGCGCAUUCUCCAGUCGACUUAAAUGAAGUGAGUUCACCUGGUUUUACAAAGGUCUGCAUCAGCUGACUCCUUUUAUUUUAUGGAAAAAUUUGUUUAUGGUUAGUGUAUGAGGAGAGCGUUCCAACGGGUCCAUUAUAAGAUUUUCACCCGAUUAUUUCCACAAUGACCAACUCCGAAUGUGAUAAAUGUACAUAAUGAGCGUGGUUUUGAAUCUCAUAAGAAAAACCCACGUGGCUCAGGGAAAUAUCCGAGAAAGAAUAUAGCAGUAUCUUGCGUAGGAUUGAGAAUGGGCGCAUUGAGGAAGCCAUCGAGAAACUUAUAGAUCGACUACAGAGAGGAACCAAUGUUAACUUGAAGAGAAAGAUUGUAAAUUUUGUGAGGUCUUUCAUUGUGCCGGAUGUAAAGGUAAUUUGUAGGACUCUAACGGGCAUCAUUGGCUUGUGUUAUUUCUCAUACAGCUUUGGCUUGAGGAUGCCUCAAUUAUAAAUGGAAAUAUCUAUAUAGAAAACUUAGGAAACCCCAAAAAGGAAAGACAGCGGCCAUUGGAGAAUAAGAUCAUAAGCAAGAAAUAGUGGAAUUUAAAAGCUCUUUACAUUUCUUUAAAGCCAAACUUUCACGAGAUCAUACUUUAAUUUGGGUUGCUUUUAGAUUUUAAUCUAACUGUCAAAAUGUAAUCAAGUUAUCGGACUUUUAUAAUCACUAACUUAUUGUCGACAUUUUGAUAUUCACACAAUCCUACAUAAAGCAUUAAAAGUAUUUGUAUUUUUAAAGUUAUCUCAUGUGUAUCUUAGGGAAGCUGUGCAGGAUCACAAGAGGGCAAAUGCCACAUAGGAUCAGGAAUGGCUCGGCUACAAGUCAGAAUAUUAUCCUUGAACGACCCUCCCAAGUUUCAAUUGGAAAAUCGUGAGAAAUUAAUUCCUUUCCCGCCAGUUCGGGAGAACUUUAGUGACGCUGAUAUCAGAUGUUGGCGAGUUGGAAACUUGACGAAGAUGAGCUCGGAGUAUGUCAGAUACGUCUUUGAAAGGAAAGAGGUUCCCAAGGACUUUAUAAAAGUGAAGCCGCUUAACCCGAAUCGCCGCCCAUUCACUGUUGUAGCUGAUCCUGAUGACUCUGAGAUUGGAUUGGCUGUAUUGCAUGCACCACCACAGAAGUAUGUCGCUUGGAAAUUCAGGAUCGAAAAUGGCCCUCUACAAGAGAUAAAUUUGACUUCAGGGAUGAUGCUUCUCUUAGGACCAAAUGAUUGCAUCGCCUUAAAGCCCCGCAGAAACGUAUCUUGGACAAAGGAUCAAUCAAGGAAAUCGAUAUUUUUGAUGGUUAAAGCUUACGACAACUCAGAUAACAAAUCAUCAGGAUACUACGAAAUGAAUUCCACCGCCUUAGAGUUGGAUACAUCUUUAUCACGGGAGAGUGUCAAGUUCGUAGCAGCUCAGCUUGGGUGUGAUAAUGUGGCCUGGUCAAGGAAGAAAAGAGACAAAUGUAAUCAGUGCCCCAGGAGAGGUGUCAAGGAAAAUAGCUGCCUUGGAUGCGAUAACAUACCUUACUCAAAUAAGAAAAAAGGUCAGUCAUUAUCUUUUGUUUAAAGUGUUUAAGAAAAAGGGUUAGUGGGGGAUGGCCAGGCUACUUAAGGAGACUAAAUUAUAAAUUUUUUGUUUUGAAGAUGAGUGUAACAGAUGCGACAACAAGACUACUUCAUUCUGUUCUGGGAGCUGCUUGAUACCAUCUUACGUAGAUGAAUGUAACAUUUGCCAGUCCAACGACAAUGUCAUCAAUUUCAAAGACUGCAAUGGUGACUGCAACGGUAAAGCAAAAUGGGUAUGUGAAAACAUGUGAGCAAAUAAUCUAUUUUUAAUACUGUGAGAACUGUAAGCUUACCAUUCAGUUCUCUUCCUAUUUUAUGUGACAGUCUGAUUGCAAUACUACUGUUUGUGUUGGCGGGAAAACUAUGAAGCCAUUGCUUUGGGGAAAAGACGAGUGCGGAGUUUGCGGCGGAGAUAAUUCGACGUGUGUUGACUGUGAAGGAGUACCACAUGGAAACAAAACGAAGGAUUCAUGUGGUAAUUGUGCAGAUCCUCAAGACACGAAAAACUUUGAUAAAUGUCCGAAAAUCCUUGAUUGUGAUUCCAGAGCCUUACCUUCAAAUCAACAAACAUUGAUGAGCCUGAGAGUUACUGGGAUGGCCAAAAAGAUCACCUGCUAUCUCUACAAGGACGCUGAAAGGUCUGUAUGCGCUCUGCAAUUUUUUAUCUGAUUCCCCUCGGUUCAAAGGAUCAAAGUUAUCCAUUUCCUGUUCACCCGUGUAACUUGACCGUAAAACAACGGUCUGUAAAGGACUUUCCGUGCGGUAAUAGAAGGAGAGUUUACGAUCAAUUUAUACGUUAGUUAAAGCAAUAGCAGUUCUAAUUUAGGGCCACCAGUAUUCUCACCCCCCUGACAUUGACUGGGUUUUAGGUUUUAGGUUUUUGGUAACUGUUCAGAACGUUUGUCCAUAGAUGUGCAUAUGAAAGGAAGCCGAGAAGAUUUUGAUAUUUGAUUGCAAUUUCAUUGUACACGUUUUGGAAUCAAUUUUUUUCAAUUGAAUAAAUUUCAUUUGACCUACAGAUGAAAAUCAAGUAAAGCUAUGGUCGUCGUAGGUUAGCCGAAAUUUUAACAAUUCCACAAAAGGAAGCCUGGAGAAAAUUCAGGCUUCGAGGGAAUUCGAAUUCAUGCCUCUCAGAUACUAUUUGGGCGCUACUAAGAACUGAGCUAUAAAGCACACUUUGGAAGCAAGGCAUAUUUAGAGGAUUGGAUUGUUAGGACAACUCGGAUUCCCAUCGAAGAUUAUAACCAUUAAUGUCACAUUAAUAUAAUAAUGUGACAUUAUUGGCAAAAAUUCGGUGAGAGGCAGUUUUUCAGGAUCUUCGAUUAUUUGAAUUAAGAAAAACAAAAUAAUUCUUGUGCUAAUUCGUUGUUUACAGAAAAUACGACUUGACGUUUGUGAAGGCUCUUUCAAGGAGGAAAGUUAUAGUAAAAACACCAAGUAUGAGAACUGGUAACUAUUCACUUAACUGUUCUUUUGACGGGAACAAAAACAAACUGGGAUUCGACAAGUUUAGGAUCCUGGUUUAUGGAAAACCUGAUAUCAUCGAGGCCAGCCCGAAUGAAACUGAAAUCAACACCGAAAGAAAUGUAACACUCACAGGUAGAGGAUUUUUCAAGACUACCUCUUUAGCAUGUGUGAUUUCCAAAGAAAAAAACCAGAAAGAGGAGGAGAGCUUACAGAAGAUUCCAGCCCUUUACGUCAACCCAACAACCAUUGUCUGUAUUCUGAAGCGUUUCAUUAAGGCGCAACGCGGAACGAUCAGCAUUCUCUUUGCCAUCGGAGCAGAAAACGAAAAAAUAUCCAGAGAUAUUGCAGUUAAGUUUAAUUUCUACGAUCGCGUACCUAAGCCUUUGGAAUGCAAGUUUAGGGCGUCUGCUCGCUUCAUAUCCAUCCGUUUUGAUAGACUGGUUGACUGCACCGACAAGUGGGAGAGUGGCGACCGCUUCAUAACAGGCAGUGCUCUGGAAAAAAUAACUAAAGCGUCAAAGGCUCGCUGUAAAAAUAAAAAACUUAUCAUCAGCCUCCCGCAAAAUUCCCGACUUCGCCCCGGAGAGGAAGUGGAACUUGACCUGAAGAGUUUUAAAAGCAAAUGGUCAAGUUAUACUAAACAUUUUCCUUCAGAUAAAAAGAAUGUCACGUGCAACUUAGAAGAUGGUGUGAAUCUCUCGGUCGAGAUUUCUGGCCCAAAGAAAGUAGGUAUGUACAAAGGGAUUUCACCCAAAACGCGAUGUGAGAUCAAAGUGAUAUAAACUCGGAUGUAUUAAAAAACUGAUAGUAAUUGUAAAGUCGCAUAGCAGGACCUGGAGAUCCAAACUUUUGAUUUGGUGAUAUAAAUGAAUGAAACGACAAGAAAGUAACAGCAUGUUUAGAUUUUGCAUGCCACCCCAUUUGCAAAUGAGGUUGUAGUUUGUUGCAGGUUGUUUAGUUGAGUUGAUGAGCCAAGACCUUUUAAAAGCAGAGGGAAGAUAAUUUGGAUGCGAGCUGUGUGUUAAAUCGGGAAGCGAAACGUGGAGAUUCGUUAUCAUUUAAUGGAAUUUAGAUGUCUUUUGUUUUUUUGUAGGACGGUGCAAUUCAUUAGUGAUUUCCGCAAAGACAAACAUGCCAGCAAAUAUGAAUUGGACAGUGGCUGUAAUCGAUUCACCGGCAGCAUCUAGGCACACCGCUAACGUGCAGGAACUGAACAACAGAUUCAAAUACUUGCCAUCCAAUCAAACUAGAAUACGACUUAAUGCGAGCAAUGUCAUAGAGGGAGCAAAAUACAACAUAACAGUGUGUGCCCAGGAACGUCUCACAGAAAAAAUGGAAAUGGCUUGUGAUUCCAUCAUCACCGAGCGAGUUGGUAAAGAAAUUCCAAAGAUCAAGUUUGCUAAGGCGACAAUGGAAAUUAGUCCCUCUCGAACACUGAAGCUACGCGGUGAGUUGGACAAUUCAUUCGCUGUAGGGACCCAUGAGUUUAAGACAGAAUAGCUUUUUACUUAAUUUUUUUCUCGUUGACCCUACACUCUGAGGAUGAAAGAAAGCCAACUUUCUUUCAGGAAGACGCAUCGAAUAAAUUAUAGCCUGUUUGUACUCUAAGUUAUGUUCUAAAAUGAAUCCUUAUUGUUAAAGUAGCUUAGUAUUAGGACUAUAUUUAAAAAUCAUCCUUGGUAAUUUCAAGAUUAUUCAUGGCCAUAUACUAGAUAUUUAUGAUGAAACUAGAUCUUCAUUAAAAAUCAAUACAAUUAUACACUGAGAACAAUUAAGGCUUGGCAGGAUUUCAGAAAAGCAGGUUGUGGAACGAUCUCUUCUAAAGUUUGGGAAACAUAGACGACGCAGCCAUUAUUUUUUAUGUUUGCUCAAAUAUUUCGGAGAGCAAUAAAAACUUUCAUAAGCUUCAUUUUUGCUUUUUCUUAGUUUGAGUAUUAUAAGAUUGAGCUCAAAGCUGCAUGUGCUGGUUGAAUCAAUAUUUAUCGAUUGCCAUCGAACUGCUACUUCUAUGUUUUCGCUGGCAGCAAAUGUUCGUGCCUCUUCGUGCGCCACAUCAGACAUGCGUUAUUUGUCAUUUAUAUGGUCAUGUGACGACCCAAAUAUGGAGUUUGAUGACAGCAGCCCGGUGCUUGAAAUAAAAGAUGAUCAGUGGACUUCUGGGAAAGUGAGUUGUUUGACUUUAAACUUCCAAGUCAUCGACUGUAAUUAGUAUUUUUCCCUUUCAGCUGUUCUAUAUCACCUUAAAGAUCGGCUGGGGGGAUUUGGUUUUGUAUUGUGAUAACAUCUCCCUCUUGCUAGAUAUUGCAUUAAAAUUGCUUGUAGAAAAUGCUUACAAAUUUUGUGCUGUGAAGAAUUUAAAUUGUAAGGAAAAUAAGAAGUAUAAUCUUUAUGUGAGGUACGUUCAGAGUUGGACGUACAUGAGUGAGUAUAUUUCAUGGUGUUGCCGAAGCUGUUGCCGAAAAGCACGGUGAAGUCAUUCAACCUUACUUGCUUUAUUUUUGCCGCUUUCUUGAGUCUGGUCAUCAUUUGUCCGUGCGUAGAAGCCAGAGGGAAGGGUUCAUUUCUAGAGAAGGUGCUGACUAUGGAGCCAAAACCAAAACCUAAAUUUAAGUGAAACUACCGUCUAUUUGAUGUAGUUUGGCUUUUUUUCCAUGAAAAAUAUUAUGUUUGCUAUACUUGGUUCAAUGCGUUUCUGGUAUUGCUAUUAUAUUGCUGUGGGUUUUAAUGGUAAUUUUGCAAACAUAUCCACGGUCCGUGUUGGGUGGUUGGGAGUGUUUUAAGCGUCUCACUUAAAGCCCAAAUAUUUUUGCUUUUAAUUGAUCUUGCAGAAAUAUGAAUUCACUCUGACAGUGUAUGUCAAAGGUGAUGACAAACUGUUUUCGGAUGACAAAGUCACCAUUAUGACAAAGAGAGUACCUAUUGUCGCCAAGAUUAAAGGUACGGCAGUACAAGCGGAACUAGCAGCGGAAGGCUGAACAUCUACUCAAAAGUUUUUGUUAAGCCCGUGGCUGCAAAGUAUAGCAAAUGAGCAAACGCUGUUUGGCAACUGUUGUCAAAGUAUUGUGGAGAAAAGAGAGUCAUUCUGACUUCUAAGCUAACUUAAGUCCAGGUUUUCACUUACUUACUCUUAACUUGAGUGAAUAACGUCGGUAAAUAAAGUACCACGGUAACUGGAGGAUCUGUGACAUUAAAUAGAGAACGGCUCCUGUUAUACACAACAGAGGCCAUUGAAAUUUUGACAGAACUUCGUUUCACCUGACCAUAACCCCUUUACAGGUGGAGAAAAAGUAUCGUUAAGUGUCCACCAAGAGGCAGUGUGUGAUGGGAGCGACUCCAAAGAUCCUAACAACUUACGUGGAAAUCCCAUUUACGUGUGGAUGGCAAAUUGCAAAGAAGGGGACAAAUGGUAUCCAACAUUUUAUAGAAACAAGACAAGCGAAAAGAUUCAACGGCUCAUUUUACCACGAACAGCAGUUGUCCGUAUUCCACCAGACACAUUACCUGCUGAUAAAACGUAAGAAUAGAUUGUUUCUUGUUUCAUUCCUUCCUCAUUUUGAAAUUCAUACGAGAUAGGGUUGAAAGAUUGAAAUAUCUUAAUAUCAAAUAGUGGAAUUUCACAUUGAACCAACAGUUGUGCUGUGACACUGAAUUAUUACAAGGACGACAUGAACGCCUCUGCAUCCGUGUACUAUGAACUGAAAGGAAGGGAAAUUCCCGAGGUAAAGAUGCUUCGAGUCGCUCGAAUUCUCACUGGUAACAAGGUGAUAUUCCGAGUUGUCUUGAAGACCAAGCUACCUGAAGUAACAGUUAAAUGGUCGUGUAAAGAGAGAGACGACGAAGGUGAGUUACUUGACUUAGUCACGAUUAAUGCUUAAGAGCGACACCUGUUAACCGGUCAAACUUAGCAAGGAAUGAUGAGAAAUAUAUCAGCUAAGGCAAAUCAAGCAAAGUUACCCAAAUUUGCUUCAAAUCGGCCAAAUAUUAGAUAUGAACACAUGCAAUACAGCCAGACUACGAGGAGAAAGAAGGACUUCUCGUAGGCUAACUGCAGCUUUGGUUUUACUGCAUUAUACACAAGGUAAGAAAUUUAAUUUCUAUCAGAAAAGAAAUUGUCGAUAGAAGUUGAAGGAAAAGACGCCUCUUUUGUUGAAGUUCUCGCAGCACUGAGGUAUUUUUUCCACCUGUUUGAACUGGUUCGUACAGUAGAUUACGUUGAGAGAGAAGGGCCGUUUGUGGUCUAAAUGGUUUCUUUCGUGUUUUGCAAAUGAAUGUAAUGUCUAUCGGUGAAUUAACAUAAAGAGACUAAAUUAUUAUAUUCUCAUUAGGAAAAAUGAUCGACGUUGAUCUUGAAGAUUUUGCUCGCACGCGAUCAGUCCUUAUCGUCAAGAAGAGACCGAAUAGACUCAUUAUCAAGCAGAAAGUGUCGCUUGUUCUGAAAAACCUGCCAGAUGGAAUAAAGUUAAGAUGCAAAUGUCAGGUAUCCCACGAGGAACUGGAAGCUUUCGUUGAGGAGGAGCUUGAUGUUAAUGAGCCACCUUUGGAAGGAACAAGUAAGCAAAAUAAAUGGUACCUUGGUCAAAUAUAGUUAUAAUGCUAACGCUCCUUUUGAGUACAAUGACUUGCUUCGUUUCAAAGAUUGGUGUACAAGCUUUAAACGCUUGCAAAAAUUCACAUUUCAAUGAAGUAUUAUUCCUUUCAUUUUAAUCAUUUUUUUCUUCCUUUUCUAGGUUUAGUUGAGAAAUCAGAGGAUGGAAAAAUUUCGUUAACAGGUCAAGGUUUUGAAGACCCUGAAGGCGAGGAGUUGUCGUACCGUUGCGGAUAUAUCGAGGAAGGCGAGAAAACCAAAUACCACGCCAUUUCUUCCUGGUCUAUGGACAACACUUGUGAAGACGUCCUUUUACCUGAAGGUAGGAACUUUGUCCUAGAGUGGCCUAGGGAAGUGUGGACGUGUCUGGAUAGCAUAUAUGAAGGUCUUUUUUAAUCGACUUCUUAUAUCAUCCAGCAUAGUCUGCGUUUAACCAACACUGAACCGAAAUUUGCAAAAAUCUUUCCUUUAUUAAUGUAUAGAUCUAAGUUAUAAGUGGUCUCUUGGUCAUUCUAACAGAAUGAAUGUCGUGCUUUGAAGUUACUUCAGUUGUAGACAGUCUUGCUUGCGGUCAAGCUAGUUGCAAUUCCAAUUGUGUAGAGAAGGUCAUUAGAUUGAACGACCUUGACUUACUGGAAUAUGCAAUUUUUUUCUUCCUGCCCUUUUUUAAAAUCGAAUUUCGGCAAGUUUCUGUAUCUUACGUUGAUAAUACUCAAACGGUAAUUCAUAUAAAAUAUACCUUUUUCUUGCGAAUAUAUCGAGGAAGGCGAGAAAACAAAUCAUAACGCUGAUCUGAUAUUUUCAGUGCUAAAGGUAGGACGGUAGACAGAAUGUUUCAUGGUUUCAUAUAAUCCUUUGGGCCCUUUUACAGGUGAAGAGGUCAACAAUUACGACAUAAAGUGUUUCGUAGAAGCGAAAGAUAUGCAGGGAGCUAAAACACUCAGUGAAUGUUCAGCAACUGUUACUCCGCGAGAAUCGCUUUGCAAAGCGGAGGAAAUAACAAGAGAAGUCGACGACCUCAAGGAACGGGUUAGCCUGGGCGAAAUACCUGAAACUACCGGUGAGUACAAUAUUAUUACUUAAAUUGUCUCGUAACAAGAAAAAAUCAAAACAAUCCACGCCCAAAAGAAACUUGCUCAAAGUACGUUUGGUUCGAUUGUUUUGACAUACUUCUUCCUUGGGAGUUUUUAACUUUGUUCAUAACUUUUUUAAUCAUAUCAUGUCUUUUCACCGAUUAAAUUGGUCCAUUUCCAGCGGAGCUUCAGUUAAUAGCACAAUGUGCAGACAACAAUGAUAACGGCAGCUCUGAUGCUCUUAAGGAAGGUGUAAAGGAAGCUGCAAAUGGGGUAAGGAAAUUCAGAAUACAGAUAAACCUCCGACAAUUGAAUUUUUGAAUUUUAAUUUUAUUCCUCACUGUCUCCGCUAUUUCCUUAUAACGAUAGUAAAAAAUCCACGUGUUCCUUUCAAUUAUAGCUCAAUGAACUCAUGGUACAACGGAGAGGGAAAACUCCUGACCCCGAUGGCGACGCAGGAAUAAUGAGAGCAGUGAAGGUCACUGUGGAUGCAGCCAAGAAGGGCAAUGCAGAGAUAAAUUUCAAAGAAAUAUCUGGAAAUGUUCGUGAAAUGAAUUUUCCUCAGCCUGGAGAAAGCGAUUUUAAUCCUCGUCGAAAACGACGGGCAGCUGAUGAUGGCAGCAGUGAAGGAGAGGGAGAAGUUAUGAUGAAGACAGCAGAUGAGGUUUGUCAUGGUAGUCUGGCGUAAUUUAAAUUCUCAUCGUAUGAAAACGUUCGUAAACAAACGAUUAGUUUUAAAAGAUUGGGAUUUGAUUUCCCAAGUUCUGAGGUUUUUAUAUUAAAUGUUGGGGAACGAUAUUGAGUCCAUAGGUUGGUCCUCACAUUUUAAUCAGUGAAUUAACUAGAGUUUCAUGAGACUUACCGCAGAGGCCUGAGCCUUUAAAAUUAAGCCGGACAUGUAUUUGCGUUAGCACAGCAAAGGUAUGCUGGUGUUUCGUUCUAUUAUUCGCCAAAAGUUUACUUUAUGUCACCGGAAAAUGGUAAAUCCAGUUGAAAUUUUUCCUUUCCGGGUUAAGCUGUUGUCUAAAAUGUGAUACUCUCCCCUUCCACAGGUUGAAACCGUUCUGAGUAUUUACAAUACACUUAUCGACCCCAACAACUUUACCGAUGCCUCCAUGUUAGUGAAAGGGGACCUUGUGUCUCUCGUUGAUGAACUCGGGCGUUCCAUGUGCCAAGGAAUUAGUACUGGAGAGGAAGCUGUCAUUGCUGAGUCAAACAUCGUUGUUAUCAAAAGUGAACAGAACAGUUUUGAUGAUGUAGAUGUUAACUUCACUCACAUCGCAUGUGAAAAUUGUAGCUCUGUUCAAAUCAGUGCACAGGUCCUGCUUGGAAAAGCUUUGAAGGACCUCUACCAAAGCUGGGACUGUGACCAAGAUGGUUGUAAUGGCGCGUGUAUCGUGUCUGCUCAGGUGGGUUUGUAACACACUUAAUUCAUAAAGACGGUAUAUAAUAACAAAUUGUGUAACACCACGGCUUGAAGAUGUACGAAAUAGAUGUAAAAAAGUUAUGAUCAUUGACAGAUAAUUAGUUACAUCCAGGGGUAAGCAGGAAAGUUCAGUUUUACAUACACAAAGUCGAGUUCAUUCCCGAGAGCAUACGAAUUGAAUUGAACUGGCGAGUACAGCACACGUAGUUAAGUGAAAUAUCGCGAGCCGUUACUGCAGCUGAGAAAAUUGUUGCUUGAUGCGCUUCUUACGAAGGAGUAAACAUCUAGUAUUCAAAUGUUAAUGAGCCGUUCCUUUAUAAUUCUGCCGAUACAACUCUCUGUUCUGUCAGACUUAAGUUAUACUUCAGUGGAAAAAAGCAAUGUGAUUUCAUUUUUUCCCGAUUCAAAAUAUGAUGAUUUUUUUAAGAUUUUAAAAUGAUAUAAUUAGUCACGUAAAAUCAAGGGAAACCUCCCAAAUAGGUGAAAGUGGUUAAAUUCAACUGUGACAUGAAUUACGUGUGACUGUAAUAAUCACAGUGGCGAUAUAAAUUUUGACGGGAAGACUGUAAUAUUACUUACCUUUACGCUUGUUUUAAAUAAACUGAGCCUGAAAUCUAGAUUAAUGGACUUGAACAUGAAUCCUUGCAGUAUCCGUACGACCUUCUAGCUACAUUCAACAACAGAAGCUCUAUCAGUGACGUUGUUUACGUCAAACUCUUCAACCCAGAGAAUGCAGCCAACUUGCCAGUUAGUGAUCUUUCUGAUGCUGUCAGAUUCAGGAUUCCACUGCAUAGAUACAGCAAGUCUAAUGACACAGUCCCUGUGGUCAGUUAAUUAUUUUGUAACAAGACACUAGAAUUACAUAAGCCUGCGAGCUGUUUCUUUGUAAAGCGUGUCUAAUUCCUAACCCUAAGAAACACUUAUCUCGACUUUAAUACCAUUUUUAACUCGUAUGAACACUUAUCUCGACCCUUAAGACCAUUUUUAACUCGUGCUAACAUUUCUCUCGACCUUAAAACCACUUUUAAUUCAUAUGUACACUUAUCUCGACCUUUAGACCAUUUGUAACUCAUAUGAACACUUAUCUCGACCUUAAGACCAUUUUUGACUCGUAUGAACACUUAUCUCGACCUUAAGACCGUUUUUAACUCAUAUGAACACUUAUCUCGACCUUAAGACCGUUUUUAACUCAAAUGAACACUUAUCUCGACCUUAAGACCGUUUUUAACUCGUAUGAACACUUAUCUCGACCUUAAGUCCGUUUUCACCUGCAUGAACACUUAUGUCGACCUCAGGACAAUUUUUAACUUCCAUGAACACUUAUCUCGACCCUAGUGCCACGUUUGGGACCCCUUAAGUUCGUUGUGGACCACAGAGGACAUAAUUACUGGCGCAACAUCCCAAAUUGGAAACGGAGGAGUAUCAGUUGAAUGUCAAUAUCAAAAGCUUGGAUUCAUCACUAUUUUUGCUGUCAACUCUUCAAUUCAAUCAGCGCAGACUUCCACCUCUCAACCUCUCACAGUGUCCUCUCGACAUCUCAACACCGAACAACUGGUUUACAUACAGUUUAAGUUUGUUGCCAAUUUUGAAGAAAUCAUUCCCAAUGAUGAGAAGAAAACAGAAUUUAUAAUAGAUUUUACGCAAAAAAUAGCCGAUGCUAUAUCAAUCAACAAAUCUCGAAUUGCAGAUGUCGUUGUUCAGCCAGGAAGCAUUCUCGUCUCUUUCACCCUGUUACCGGGAGGUCCUGGGGAGAUAAGUGUUUCCAUGGCUAUGACAGAACUAAAGGAUCAGGUAAUGGGUGGCACUUUCUCUUUCAUUCUGACCGAUGAAAGGAAGCUGGUGGCAGAUUCUACGUCUUUCCUGACGUCUUCAACUGGGUGGCCCUCGACAGCAUCAACACCUCAAUACAUCAGACCCACAACAACACGUGAUGAACUAAUCGAGACUUCAAGGGGUCUCAGCACUAGCACUCUGGUCGGCAUCAUCGUGGGCUCCGUGGUUGGCGUGGUUUUCGUUAUUGUUGGUGUGAUUGUGAUCAGAUUUAGAAAUAGCAAAGGCAAAGUUGUGGAAGAUAUUUGUAAUUCUCAGCUAAAAUUGACGAUCUCGCCUCGAAACUCAAUUGGUAAUGAAAUUUAUAGUUAUUGUUAGUUUUUGAUGAGUGCUGAAUCCAAGCGUAAUACCUAACACUAAGAAAACCAUUGUAAAACAUUUCUAUUUUCGCAAUAGACUUUUUGAAAAUCAUAGCUUCAGACAACUUGAGAUCGAAAAAGGUCGGAGUAUACCUAUAUGUGAUAUUAAGUGAUCUUCUUUGUCUCAUUCAUAGGCCACGAUAAUAGAGGGAUAAAGCAAGAAAAUUCACAAGGUAAACUUUUAAAUCACGGCACUUUGAAAUACUGGAAAAGUAAGCCCAAAUGUUUAAAUUUUCUCAAUGUAAAGGCUAAAAUUUCAUUCCUUCUUUCUGGCAGAUUACGAACAGAGUAAUCAGUUUCCCAUGAUGGAAUUUAGAGAGGAAGGUAAGGAACGUAACUAAUUCUCAUCUGAAAGGCAAUUUUUUUGCGCUUGGUUUGAAGUAAGGGUGUUUCUCUCUAAGAUUACUGGAAAAGAAGGAGGAAAAAAUUCAACAAUGGAUAUGAAAUUUAAAAUUAAACUUGUCAAAAUUGUAUUUGCAUGUUCGUCUUUUUCAGUCGAUUUGCCAGGGACGCCAUAUCACCCUGACCAUUGCUGAAGACUUGCACUAAAGCCACAGGUGACGUGGAUGCCGCAGUGUCCGUGCGCAGCUGUUAUCUCAAGCUCUCAAUAUGAACGUUUUACUCAUUAAUUAUCCAACAUAGUUGCAUAUCUAGUCAAACAGUAUUAUUAAUCACCAUUCUGGGCUCGUUACCAGAUUUUGUGGCUGAACUGCCAGGUUUUUCUCGCACGGCUAUGAUCAGGAAUUUCGUUGUAAAUCUGAUUUUUUUCACUAAUCUUAGCCCAAGAUCCAACAUGGUUAGUUCGCCAAGUCAGUAGAGGAAUCGUAGAUACGAACAAGUUAAGAUGACGUAAGAUGAACUCCGGCCAAUACAGGAUAUUCUUCCCAAAUAGGUCGAUCCCGUUUGUUACCUGGUCUGAUCUGUUUUCGAUGUUUUGAAGUCUACAGUAGUAUCAUGCUAUUAUGCAAACAGUUGCCCUUUUGUGAAUUGAAUUCCUUACUUGUGAUAACUUUAAAGAGAACAUAAGGUAAAUCAGAAAAACUGAUCAACACAAAACGACGAUGACACCAAUAGCGUGAAGAUCGCACAAGAUGAACCAUAAGAUUGUUACUCCACUUAUCAUUUAUACUACUUUCGUUUGUUGUGGAUGUCAAAUUUCACUGUAUAAAGGUAAAAAGAUUAUGGGGUAACACUUAAUCCAUUUAUGUCAUCAUUUCCUCCAUGGCCAUAAGGUAAUUGAAUCUGAACUUUUUAGUACAUACAUGUAGCGUUAUUCCUGUAGCCCCCCAGCGCAGCAUAUAUUUGUCAGCUUUUGUGGCUCAUAACUGAGACACCCUCCUUACGUAAAUUUCCUACUGCGUUAUAGUCAAGCCCAAAGCUUGGAGGUAAGUAACCCCAUAACCUCUUAGGCUUCUGUGACUAUGAACCUUUUUUUGUAUUUAACCGAGA